AUUGCUGUCUGAUUAAAUAAUAAACUGCAUGCCGGGGGUUUAAUGUAAAAUAUAUUUAUUAGUUAAUAACUUCCACUUUCUAUUCAAAUAUGACUUCAAUUAUUGUUGCUAGAACUUUAGCACCAGUGGUGCACCGUUCCCUUAAACAGCUUUUUUCCAAAGGAACUGGCACAAAGGUCAGGAACUACUGUAAAACAUUACAAGUAGCGACAGUUCAAUACAACCAAAAACGAUUAUAUGCAGAGAAAAAGGUGUUUGAAAGAACCAAACCACAUUGUAAUGUGGGUACUAUAGGACAUGUAGAUCAUGGUAAGACUACACUUACUGCAGCUAUUACCAAAGUUUUAGCUGAACAAAAGUUAGCUCAAGCAAGAGGAUAUGCAGAUAUUGACAAUGCUCCAGAGGAAAAAGCUAGAGGUAUUACUAUUAAUGUUGCUCAUAUUGAGUAUCAAACAGAAAACAGACAUUAUGGCCACACAGACUGCCCUGGGCAUGCUGAUUACAUCAAAAACAUGAUCACAGGUGCAGCACAAAUGGAUGGUGCUAUAAUGGUUGUAGCAGCUACUGAUGGUGUCAUGCCCCAAACCAGAGAACAUCUAUUAUUAGCAAAACAAAUUGGUGUCCAUCACAUUGUAGUCUUCAUCAACAAAGUUGAUGCAGCUGAUAAGGAAAUGGUUGAGCUUGUAGAAAUGGAAAUUAGAGAGUUGCUGACAGAAAUGGGUUUUGAUGGAGAGAAUAUUCCAAUUAUUGCUGGGUCUGCCUUGUGUGCUUUAGAAGGAAAGAAUCCUGAAAUAGGUUCUGAAGCAAUCCUAAAACUAUUGAAAGAAGUAGAUGCCUACAUUCCUACCCCAGUAAGAGAUUUAGACAAACCAUUCUUGUUACCUGUAGAACACACUUAUUCCAUACCUGGAAGAGGUACUGUGGUGACUGGAAGAUUGGAAAGAGGCAUUUUAAAGAAGGGGGCUGAAUGUGAAUUUGUAGGGUAUAACAAAGUGCUGAAAAGUACAGUUACAGGUGUAGAAAUGUUUCAUCAGAUUUUAGAUGAAGCUCAUGCUGGUGAUCAACUUGGAGCAUUAGUGAGAGGAUUGAAGAGAGAUGACAUUAAAAGAGGUAUGAUUAUGGCUAAACCUGGAACAGUAAAGAGCUAUGACAAUGUUGAAACUCAAGUAUAUGUUUUAAGUAAAGAAGAAGGAGGUCGCCCGAAACCGUUCACAUCUUUCAUUCAGCUACAGAUGUUCUGCAGGACCUGGGAUUGUCCUGUACAAGUAGUUGUACCAGACAAGGAAAUGGUCAUGCCAGGUGAAGAUUCUAAAUUAAUUUUGAAAAUGAUGCGACCCAUGGUACUUGAGCAAGGUCAGAGAUUUACGCUAAGAGAUGGUUCACAAACCUUAGGAACUGGCGUAGUAACGAAAACCUUACCCCGCCUCACAGAAGAUGAACGUAUUUCUUUAACAGAAGGCAAGAAAGCCAGAGAAAAGAAAAUAAGUGCAACCAAGUAGAUUGUAAAUUUUUAUAUAUUUUGUUAAUUAAUGUUUACUAUGCCGAAGAAAACAGAAAAUUACUGAUGUUUCUGUGUGAGAAUGUUAGAAGGUUUGUUUUAAUAGAGAAACUAAUAGGUAUCAUUUUUUAUUUCUAUGUAUUUCGAUUUUAGUGUCUCGUUAUCAACAGCUGACUGUAUAUUUUAUAUAUGUUUUGAAGGGUUUAUUAUGAGUUUGUUUUUGAAUUUAUUGGUUUGCAAUAAAAUCAUGUGCAGAUAGUACUGGACAAAAAUGUUAUGUUAUGCUUUAGUAGCCAUUCGUUUUUCUCUGUGUAUUAAAACCUGGGACAAAGAGGAUGUUAAAAAAAGUAAUGAGUACCAGGCCAGAAGGAAAUUGUUACUCAUACUAUUAGUUCGGCUGUCUGAGUAUGUAUAAAAAAUAAUAAAUACAAAAACGGGAUGUGGUACUCCGGCAGUGACCGAGGAGGGGAAGCAUAGCUUUCUUAUUGUCUACGUACGGAACGAGGGUUUAUAAUUUUAUUAAAUUAAACAGGUAAAAAGAAAUAAAAUAAGACUUACUCACAAUCAAUUUAAUUAUACCACCAACGACCGGUUUCGCAUGCUACAAUUUGCUAUGCAUCUUUAGGUCUUACGGUACCUGGUAAAUUAAAUGCUGAAAUUUCAGUACUAUUACUUUAAAUUGUCCAGUAUCAUUCUAUCUGUCAUGUUUUCCAAAGAUGUGAAACAGUUGUAUACUUCUUCAUUUGCGUUUUGUCUUUGGAUAAAGGUUCUUACAACGUUCAAAGCACUUUCCACAUCUUGUCUAUUAGGACCUUCUUACGUAGAUUCACCGCGAUUGUCUUCUCCAUCUUCAUCACUUUCUUAACUGACGAUAACGCGCUCCACCUGCGGAUUUAUUACUUCUGCGAUAAUUUCAGUAUCCGUCGGAAGAUCACAAACAAUGACGUCAUCGUCAAUGGAAAUAAAUUCAGCAAAUUCAUCAUCAUUGUUCAGUUAUUCAACAGGAUAUUCAUCUUCUUCGUUUUCUACGUCAGUCUCUGUCCACCCCUCAUGACCGAAACAGUACUGUUUAGGGUAAAGCAUUUGAAAUUGCGGUUAAUUCCCAAUAAAAAGUAAAUAAUAUUAAAAUGUCACAAGAAAAUAGCUUCAAAGGAAAAUAUCUGUCGACAAUGAAGGUCGCUUUACUGGAAAGAGACUCCUGUGAUCCAAGAAAUCAGGUUAACAUUUACAAGCAUAUCUAGAUUAUUGAUAAUUUGCCCAGCGGGACAAAAAAAAUAAUGUUACGAUUUUUUGCAAAGGUUACAAAAGUGCUACAAUUUAUUAUCAUGAAAACAGCAUAAAUUUCAUGUCUUUAUCAACUAUGUGCUUCAACUUGGUAAUACUUUAGAAACAAAUUGAAAACUCAAAGAUAUUUCAAAAACAAACUUAAUGAACUGUAUUUAAAAUCAUAUUAUUAGGGUUACUUUUUCAUUGAAUAAAGUAU